UGAAAAUGGCGAUUUGAAUUCAUGCCGACCACUACUCUCCCUCUCCCUCUCCUUCUCGGCUCAAAAUUGCUUUCUGAAUCCUUCGUUGUUCAUCGAUUCUAAUAAACUUCAUGGAAAAUGAUCAAGAAUCUUCUGCUUCUUCUUCCAGGCAACUUCUCUUUUUUCCAUUUCUUUCCUUUUUCACCUUUCGCGAUGUAAAAAUGUGUCAGAUCGUUUGAUUGUGUUUGUCACGUUUGAAAUUUUGAUUUCGUAAUGGCUGUUAUUGUUAGGUUUCUGUUUGCAUUUUUUUUAAAGGAGCGAUGUGAUUGUUAUCUGUUGAUUCCAGUUGUUGCGCAAUAAUUAAUCAGGUUUAGAAGUAAGGAUUGAAACGAUUAAGUGUGCUUGAGAUUGAUUACUAGUUGUUGUUUUCCGAAGUAGUAAGAUGUGGAAAUGUAUGAGAUCAUUUGAUUCUGUAGCUGAUUUUAACGUGCAGAAUUUUGAUUUCGUGAUGGAUUAUUAGGUUUCUGUUUGCAUUUUUUUUUCAAAAAAAGAUUGGAGGCGAUAUGAAUGUAUCUUUGGAUUUCAAUAGUUGCGGAAUGAUUAAUCAAGUUUAGAAGUAGGAUUGAAAUGAUUUGACUGUGCUUGAGCUUGACGAGUUGUUGUUGAUGUUGUUUUUCGAAGUAUUAAGUCAAGCGAGCGAACGUUACAACGAUCGAAGAUGUUGGAAGCUUCAAUCAUAGAGAAAUUGGAUCAGCAAAACUCUGCGGAUCUGGCUGGAUGCGGUCCGACUGAAAUUCAAACGUCCGGAAGCGACGAUUCAAGCGAUAUUGAUAGUCAAAAUCAAUCAAAAGAUCAGACAAAUCAAGCUGUGGGGACUCCCAAGUUAGGGAACAGAUCAAGACCGCGUGGAUUCUCCGACUCUUUUGCUUCUCAUGAGUUGAGAUUGUUUGAUUUGGAAGAUGAAACCAAAGAUGAGUCAUCUCCAAGAGGGGUGCUCGAGGACUGCUCAAGAAGUUUAGAUUCUGAAACAACUACUUCCCGGGCCAGCACUUCCGAUUGGGAAGGUCAUCCGGACUCGAGAAAUCCAAGUCAUUGGAGAGGGUUUUUUCGUUUACUGAAGAAAGGACCUCAAAUGCGAUUUCAGACCUUUCCUCCUCUUAAAGCUGUUCCAAAACUCACCAGAAGAAAGAGCAAAAGAAUUAGAGAGGAUAUGAUUCCGGUAGUAUCGCCAGUGAUGGACUCUUCUAUAGAGACAGAGUUUUGCUAUUUCAGAUCUUCUUGGAAGAAUUUCACACUUUCAGAGCUGCAAGCUGCAAGCAAUAACUUCAGCCAAGAAAACUUGAUUGGCGAGGGUGGUUAUUCUGAAGUUUAUAAGGGUCAGCUGGAAGAUGGGCAACUAGUUGCGAUCAAGCGGCUUAAUAGAGGUAGCCAAGAAGAGAUGACUGCAGACUUCUUGUCUGAGCUCGGAAUUAUUGUUCAUGUCGAUCAUCCUAACAUCGCAAGUGUAAUUGGGUACGGCGUUGAAGGGGGAAUGCACCUUAUACUUCAUUUAUCACCCCAUGGGAGCCUGGCAUCCAUACUUUAUGGGCCAAAAGAGAGAUUGGAUUGGUCAACCAGGUAUAAGAUUGCUCUAGGAAUUGCUGAAGGCCUCCUGUAUCUUCAUGAAGGCUGCCAAAGAAGAAUAAUCCACAGAGACAUUAAGGCCGCUAAUAUAUUGCUUAGAGAUGAUUUUGAGCCUCAGAUAUCCGACUUCGGGCUUGCAAAGUGGCUCCCAGAUCAAUGGACUCACCAUACUGUGUCAAAGUUUGAAGGCACAUUCGGGUACCUUCCUCCUGAGUUCUUUAUGCAUGGCAUUGUUGAUGAAAAAACUGAUGUCUAUGCCUAUGGAGUACUUUUAUUGGAACUCAUUACCGGACGACGAGCACUGGAUAGCACACAGCAAAGCCUUGUGAUGUGGGCUAAACCUCUACUUUCUAAGCAGAAUUUCAAGGAACUUGUUGAUUCAUCUCUUACUGACACAUUUGACACCGAGCAAAUGAAACGGAUGGUGACAAUAGCUUCAAUGUGCAUAAAUCAUUCUUCAAUUCAACGGCCGGAAAUGAGUGAGAUUGUUCAGAUUAUGAAAGGGGAUGGAGUUGGUAAUUUGGAGCUUGUAAAACGACAGAAGUCUAAACUUCAAAGGACUUACUCUGAGGAGCUUUUGGAUGCAGAAGAAUACAAUUCUACAAAGUAUUUAAGUGAUAUUGAUCGACAUUUGGAGGUUGUUUUAGGAACUUGUCAUAUCGACGUUUAGAUUAUUUAUUAUCACAUAAACUUACACGAUAUAAUUUAUAUAUGAUAUUUAUGCAUUUAUACUCGAUCAUUAAUAUAUGGAUCCUGAUGUUUCAAUUUUGUGAUUUGAAGGUUUUUUUUUUUUUUUUUUUUUUUCCGUUUUAAAUAUACCAUUUUAUGUAUUGUAGAUCUUGUAUUCAUUCGAGAAAACAG